GCGAGAUCCCGAUGACUGAGAUUUUCUUCUAAAAGUUGUUGUGGCAACACGACGCUGGCGGGAAUAGGUCCUUUGAAUAUUUUAUAUCAGUUUUGAGUGACCAGUUACCAGGAUGUCUGACAUCCACUCUACUGCCUUCAGGUAUGAGGCGGUCUGUACAGAGUUGGGCAUUGAACCAAACCCAUAUGUCACAUUGAUGUUUGAUAAAGAAAAGGAAGAAGCUGUGUUACUAAAGAAAAAAGGUGAAUUUAAGGAGUCUAUGGACCUGUACCUGGCCGGGAACAACAAGCUGCUGACGGACAAACGUCUGGUGGACAGUGAUGCAGAGGCUCUGUAUAAAACUCUGUGUAACAAUACAUACGUCGACGGUCUGGACCUCCGCUACAAUAACCUCACAAGUGUGGGUGCAAAACAUAUUGCAAAACUGCUCGAGGAGACGGUGACUCUGAAGUAUUUGAAUCUGAUGUGUAAUGACAUUGAGUCGGAGGGAGCGGAGGCAAUCGCCAAGGCCUUACAUAAAAAUGAGAGUUUGCGAGUGCUGAGAUUAAAUGGAAACAAGAUUGGGAACAGAGGAGGAAUGUGUUUUGCCCAGAUGUUACAAGUAAACAAAAUCUUAGAGGCUCUAGACCUGGGUGAUACCGACAUGACGAUUGAAGCAGUUAUUGCACUCCCCACAGUACUCUUCAGAAACAGUACCCUGAAGGCACUCAAUGUAAACAGACCCCUCAUUUUCAGCUGUCAGGAGGAGACAACUGUCCACUUUGCUAAGAUGCUCAAAGUGAAUACAUCAAUAGAAGAACUCCAUCUACAGAAAUAUGAUAUGAGAGAUUUUGGAGCGACACGAUUGGCUGAAAAUUUGAUGGCUAAUAUGACUUUCAACUAUCUAGAUCUCAGCUGCAAUAGAAUCACCCGAGAUGGGACAAAAGAACUUGCCAAAGUUUUGAAGAACAACACAUCCAUCAAAAUCCUUGAUCUAGGGUUCAACAGACUGGAAGAUGAUGGUGCUAUGCACUUGGCAGAGGCUAUAGCCACCUAUAACACUACACUAGAGACUUUGGUGGUGGCAAGUAAUGGCAUUGGAAACAAGGGCCUGUGUGCCCUGGCCGACGCCAUGAAGACCAACACAACCCUUACCAGUAUAUUCAUCUGGGGAAACAAGCUGGAAGAACCUGCCUGUAUUGCCUUUGCCAGUUUGCUGGAGAGUGGACGGUUGAAGCCAGAGAACACUGAUAUACAAGCCUAUGUUGUGGAUGGUGUUACUAAGCUGUGUGAACUCAGUAAUCAGAUCCGCCGCCAUUAUUACUGGGCUCCCAACUACGGCAGUGAUGUCCCAUCCUGGCAGCCAAGGGGCAAGAAUCCUCGCGGCUCCGAUGUUGUCAUCAUGAAAAACCUGACUGUGUACUGAUCUGAACAUUCAAUCUGAAAUUAUCUUAACAUCAAAGUGUCUCUAUGAUUUGUGAUUUUAUAAAAAUGUAUUUCAUUGGUUGUAUCCUUUGCACUAUUACCUUGAAAGUAAUGGACAAAUCAGUAUGAGAGAAAUAAUGAAAUACUUUUUUUGUAAAACAAUUUAAUUUUCCAAUAUUGUUAAUAUUUUAAAAGGUAUCUUAAAUAUCUUACAGUGAUUAUUGAUUUCAAAAGAUGUUUUUUGACAUAAACCUUUUACCUUUCAAAGUAAAAACAUUAUUGAAUUACUUUGUUAAAUAUAGGCAUUUAAGUCUACAUCUAUAGGCAAAUAUUGAGCCUACAUUGAUGGACAAUUGUGAGUGGAAGUCUUUGACCACCCCAAAACUGAAGUUACAGUAAAAGUUUAAACAAAUGAGAACUCUGUGUUACUGUGAUAAGCCAACAACUGCAACUAUUCUGUGAUAUUUUCUGAUAGAUGGUGUCUUAUGUAUAGUCAAUAUACAACCAGAAACCUAUGUGUUGUUGUUAGUACGAUACACAAAACAUGCUUUGAAUAUGUUAUAAAGAUAAAUAUUUAUUUUAUGUAAAUUCAAAACACAUGCUAUGUUAAUAUAUUUUUUUUGUUUACCUUAACCCU